UUGAAAUCUGUUUUGUGUAACUCCCCAAGGUCGAGAGAUUUUCGCGGGAAAUUUUUGGGUGAUAGUGUCGUUUUGGGUACCGCCGCUACCGCCGACGCCGCUGCCGCGGCGCAGUAUUGCACUUUCAAACUUUCGAUCGAUUCGUAUGUAGCCAAGAAGAGUUCGUUAGGGGCGAUGACCGACAGAAAUGUCUCCUUUAUCGUAUAUUCUUUCGAUUCGUUUAUCAAACGGGAAUUUCUAGGUGCGAAAAUGCAUUGAUUGUCUUGCUAAAACUGACAGAACGCAACCUUGCAUCACACCGCAUAUAAAUCGAUAUAUGCCUUCGCCUGAAUAUGUACUUACUUUAACUCUGUGUCAACGUACACAUUUGAAUGACAUUUAAUUUUUCUUUUGAAAUGUGGUUAAGAAGUGAACAUGUGAGUAGAAGACUGCGCGGCCGUUUAUACAUAAGCGGUGUGUCAGGAAGUAAGACAUCUACUGGCAGAGUGCAAGCAGCAUCUGCAAGGAAGGUACCAUUCAUCUCUAGCAGUAAUCACCGCAUAAAUACAUUACGUAAAUGCAGCAGAUUAACUCGGUGGAGACAUAGAUCUCCAAAUUUUUUAAAAGAGGUCAUUUAUUCUUCACUAUUUAUUAACUCACAAUUACUAACUAACCAACACUUAAUGGUUAAUGAUUAAUGAGUGACUGACAGAUAGACAAGAAUGUUAAGUAAUUAAAAACAUUCUUUCGCUGAAACAAUAAAGAAAAACAAAUUACUUAAAACUACAAUUGAAGCCGUUUGGUUAAUACGCGGACUAAUAAUCAGUAUUCUCAAACAAGAUUAUUAUCUUCGUAGGCUUGUAAAGAAAAUGUUUUACAUUUUGCCAAAUCUUCGCCUAGUAGACGUGAGAGGGGCCCUCGUAGAAGAAAAUGUAUAAAACGAUCCAUGGUUACAUCAACUCCUCUACAUCGCACUACACAAAAGGAUAUUAUUCUUCCAUCAAAAGAAACUGUAGAAUCUAAAAUUUCAGAAGAAUCCAAGGAAAACUGGAAUAUAGCUAUUUUAUCACUUUAUUCUUCAAGUUUGAAUACUGAUUUGUUUUGUACACCAACACCAUCACAAGAAUUUAAAUUUUCAACCGCAGGAACAUCAUCAUUGACUGAUCUAAUGCCUCCAGCAUCUCUAGGAUCUCAUUUAGACCUUACAUGUUUUCUUGAUGACGAAGGCAAUAGAAAUACAGAUAUUCUGUCAUUGCAUUACUCCGCGCUUUGUUUACCAAAUGAAAUAUCUGAAGAAAAUCAUAGCUUAAUGCACUCAACAUCAAUGUAUAGCACUCGCAGUACAUAUUCAUCUGAAAAAUAUUUUGGAAGUGGAAAGUAUCCAUUUAUCAAUAAUAAUGAGAACAAUAGUAGUAUAUCAAAAAGCCAGUAUACCAUUGAAAAUGAUUCAUCCAAAUUUGAAGGAACUGUGGAUUAUUCCACUCCCAAAUAUAAUACUUCUACAAGUGUAUAUGAUAUAGAUGCCCACCAUCCUUCUGAUACAAAUGGUAAUAUUAAUAUGAAAUAUGAUGCUGAAGAUAUUGAUAGUGAAUAUCAUGACGCCGAGUAUAUGGAAGUUGGUAGUGAAGAGAUAGUAGAAACUUGUGAUGUCGAAAAUAUGGUUACUCAAGUACAAGAGGAAUGGGAGCCAUUUGAUCCAUAUGUCUUUAUCAAACAUUUACCACCUUUGACUCCAGCAAUGAGAGCCAGAUGUCCGGCUUUACCUCUUAAAACACGAAGUAGUCCAGAAUUUAGUUUAGUAUUAGAUUUGGAUGAAACUCUCGUACAUUGUAGUUUACAAGAAUUAUCUGAUGCAGCAUUUCAAUUUCCAGUAGUUUUUCAAGAUAUAACAUACACAGUGUUUGUUAGAACGCGACCAUUUUUUCGUGAAUUUUUAGAACAUGUAUCAUCGUUAUAUGAAGUAAUACUCUUUACCGCUAGUAAACGAGUUUAUGCAAACAAAUUAAUGAAUCUUUUGGAUCCAACAAGAAAAUUAAUUAAAUAUCGCUUAUUCAGAGAACAUUGUGUAUGUGUUAAUGGAAAUUAUAUUAAAGAUUUGUCUAUACUUGGAAGAGAUUUAUCUAAAACUGUGAUCAUUGAUAAUAGCCCACAAGCAUUCGGAUAUCAGUUAGAAAAUGGCAUCCCUAUAGAAAGCUGGUUUGCUGACCGUUCAGAUAACGAAUUAAUGAAAUUAUUACCAUUUUUAGAAAAUUUAGUUAAUUGGGGUGGAGAUGUUAGACCACACAUUAGAGAACAAUUUCGAUUGUUCAGUUUUUUACCACCAGAUUAAUUAAGGUACCAUAUUAAAAUUUAGUACUGACUGAAGUAUAGGAUCAAAAAAAGAAUCCUAUUAUCAGUCUUCAGAUGUGCGUGAAAGCGUGUGUGCAAUGUGUAUAUCCGUGGUGAAAAAUGCAAACGAUUAUUCUAUACACGUAUAACACAUUAUACGUGUAUCGUUAUUAUACUCAAUGCAAUGUCUUAAGAGAGUGUGCCUGAAGAGUAGAACUAAAUUCAUAGACCUGAAAGGUCUAAAAACAUUAUUU